CCAUGCUGGGCCGGGAGGCCAGGCUCCCCCACGAGCUGAACAGCCGCCGCCAGCCGAGGCAGCCCUGCCAGGAGGCCGUGCCCCUGCGGCCCGGAGCGCGCCAGGAGAGCGACGGCGGCCUGGAGGCGCUCGGCGGCUCGGCGCCCGAGGCCAGGCCGGGCCGCAGGGCGCAGCCGGCGCGGGGCCGGAGGAGCCGCCGGGCCGAGCCCAGGGAGGCCAAGGGCCGGGAGGCAGAGACCGUCGCCUUCAUCCCGGGCGCGGCCGAGGCCGCCCCCGGCCGGGGCUCCUGCUGCUCCUCGCUGUCCCAGGCCUGGAGCACCUACAAGGCCGUGUUCUGCUGCAUCCUGACCUGCGGGAGCCGCUUCCGCGACUGCGGCGUCUGCGUCCCGCAGCCGGGGCCCGCCGAGGCCCCCUGCGACGAGGGCAAGAACGGAGACUGCAAGGGGCGGCCGGCGCACAGCCCCGGCGGCGCCGCCCCCGCCGAGAGGAACGGCAGCCGGGUCAAGAAGUCCAGCGUGGGCAGCAGCUUCAGCUACCCGGACGUGAAGCUGAAGGGCAUCCCCGUGUACCCCAACAGGAGCCCCGGCCGGCAGCCCGAGCCCGAGCCCUGCUGCCCGGAGCCGCCGGCCGAGAAGGCGCGGCGGGGCGGCGCGGUGCCGGCCGGCAGCCCCCGCGGCUCCGAGGAGUAUUACUCCUUCCACGAGUCCGACCUGGAGGCCGGGGAGCUGGGGGGCUCCAUGUCCAGCCGGCAGAUCGACGUGCUGAUCUUCCGCAAGCUGACCGAGCUCUUCAGCGUGCACCAGAUCGACGAGCUGGCCAAGUGCACCUCCGACACCGUCUUCCUGGAGAAGACCACCAAGAUCUCCGACCUCAUCAACAGCAUCACGCAGGACUACAACCUGGACGAGCAGGACGCGGAGUGCCGGCUGGUGCGCGGCAUCAUCCGCAUCAGCACGCGCAAGAGCCGGGCCCGGCCGCCCCCCGCGCCCCAGCCCGCCGCCGACCCCGCGCCAGAGUCCCUGCUGCUCAGCCAGGACGAUUUGGCUGUGCAGAUAUCAGAGGAGACCCCAGCAGAUGUGCUGGCCAGGAACAUGAGGAGGCACAGCAGUGCAGGUUCUCCAAGCAGAGAUUCCUCUUUCCAAGACACAGAGACUGACUCCUCUGGGGCACCUCUGCUUCAGGUCUACUGUUGAGGAGAAGGACCCAAGCAGCAGGCAGGAGCUCCAGGGCUGCAGAUUCCUUCUCUGGGUGCUCUGCUGCUUCAGCUCU